AUGAAAAUAAACUACUACCCAAAAUGUCCCCAACCGGAGCUCGCCCUCGGUGUCGAGGCCCACACCGACGUGAGCGCGCUCACCUUCAUCCUCCACAACAUGGUCCCCGGCCUGCAGCUCUUCUACGAGGGCAAUUGGGUCACCGCGAAAUGCGUCCCGAACUCAAUCAUCAUGCACGUCGGGGACACGAUCGAGAUCCUGAGCAACGGCAAGUACAAGAGCAUUUUGCACCGGGGGCUCGUGAAUCGGGAGAAGGUGAGGAUUUCGUGGGCGGUGUUUUGCGAGCCGCCCAAGGAGAAAAUCGUGCUUAGGCCGCUGCCCGAGACGGUCUCGGAGGCCAAUCCGCCGCUUUACCCGCCGCGGACUUUUGCGCAGCAUAUAAUGCAUAAGCUGUUUAGGAAAGAUGAGGAUCAAUGUGGUGUUGAUGAGAAAGCAAGUGAUCUCAAGUCUAUUAGUUGA